GGUUGAUUGUUCUAUGACUGGAAUGCUCCACCACAUAGCCCAAUCAAAUCUGUUCAACUUUUUUUCUUCAACUCCUUUCUUGUGGCAGCAAUGGCUUCCUCAACAUUCAGAUUCAGUCCGUCCUUGUGCUUCGCCGCUGUAAACAACACUUCUCUUUCUUCUUCUCCUGCGGCUUUCAAGCCACUGAAGCUUCCUCUGGUUUGGCCAUGGCAGAAGGUGAAGAUGGGUCCUCUGAGUGUAUCCCCUAUGGGAAUUGGAACGUGGGCGUGGGGGAACCAGAUCUUAUGGGGCUACCAGGAAGCCAUGGACGCCGAGCUUCAGCAAAUCUUCAAUCUCGCAAUCGACAAUGGAAUCAACCUCUUCGACACCGCGGAUUCCUACGGUACUGGAAGAUUGAACGGCCAAAGCGAAAAGCUACUUGGAAAAUUUAUCCGAGAAUCUCAAGGGAAAAAUGACAUCGUGAUAGCCACCAAGUUUGCAGCGUAUCCAUGGCGCCUAACACCUGCCCAAUUCGUCAAAGCUUGCAAGGCGUCUUUGGAUCGAAUGCAGAUUGAGCAAAUUGGUAUAGGACAAUUACAUUGGUCAACAGCAAACUAUGCUCCUUUUCAGGAGAUGGCUCUUUGGGAUGGACUAGUGGCAAUGUAUGAUAAGGGCUUAGUUCAAGCAGUUGGAGUGAGCAACUACGGACCAAAGCAACUUGUAAAGAUAUAUGACUACCUAAAAGACCGAGGAGUCCCCUUAUGCUCUGCUCAGGUGCAAUUUUCUUUACUAAGCAUAGGAGAUGAGCAGUUGGAGAUGAAGAAGAUUUGUGAUUCUUUGGGCAUUCGCUUAAUUGCUUACAGUCCUUUAGGACUUGGAAUGCUUACAGGAAAAUACUCACCUUCCAAGCUUCCAUCUGGACCUCGGGGUUUGCUGUUCAGGCAGAUUCUCCCAGGCUUAGAACCUUUACUGACUACACUUACAGACAUUGCAGAGAGAAGGCGCAAAACGAUCCCACAAGUUGCUAUAAACUGGUGCAUUUCCAAGGGAACGAUUCCCAUACCUGGAGCUAAGACAUUGAAGCAAUCUCAAGAAAAUUUGGGUGCUCUUGGCUGGCGCCUUACCCAGGAGGAACUGAACCUGUUGGAAGAUGGAGCUCGAGAGUCCCCACAGAGGAUGAUACAGAAUAUUUUCCAGACUAGGUAAACUUGGCUGGCUGCACAAAGGGAGAAACGCCCAGGCCCAGGGAGAAGGUGGUGAGGUGAAUGUAGCUAACAAGGGCGGGCUGUAGAAUUAAAAUGAUGUGAGAAAUUAUGAGAGAAUAAUGAACACUCAUUUCAUCACUAAAAUAGAUUCAAAUAGAGUCAAAACCAUUGUAAAGCAACCAAAAAUUGUGAUAAGCGGAACCAAACUUAAAUCUUUCAAAGUCAAACUACAAAAAUUGAGUCCUUAAA